GAGGUGCACGCGCUGCAGCAGCAGCUGCGCGGCGCCGCCGCGGACGGCGUGCCCCCGGCGCCCAGCGAGCCGUCGGCCAGCCCGCCUCGGGCCCAGCCGGCCGCAGGCCCGGCCGUGCAGGAGCCGUGCAGCUCGUUCAAGGCCGCGGGCAGCCAGGGCAGCCUCAGCAGCCCGCCGGCCAGCCCGCUCGGUUCGCGUGGAUCUUUGCCGAGUCCCUUCGCCAGAGGCAGAGGCGUUAUUGGCUGCGGAGGUGCAUCCCUGUCGGACAGGUUGGCCAAUGUGCAUAAGGGCCAGUUCCAUAUUGGGAUGGAGCCGCCUCGGCGAGAAGUGCUCGAGAAGGGCCGCCUGUGGCACCUCGUCAAAAGCGCGUGGUUUGAGUUGUUGUCUGGCACAGCGAUCUUCUUGAACGGUGUGGUCAUGGCAAAACAGGCUCAGUACACAGGAUUUGACCUAGCUGAGUACACUGGGCAUGCGAGUAAAAAUGGGCCUGCCGCACGAAUAUGGCCCCACGCCGCACAGAUGUUUGACAUUGCGUACUGGGUUUUUGGGGUUUUCUUUCUGUUCGAGGUCGUGAUCAAGAUUGCGGGACUGCGCGGCGAGUUCAUCAGGGACGCAUGGAAUUGGGUUGAUGCGUUGAUUGUUCUGUUCUGGCUCCUGGGCGCAAUUUUCGACUCGGGUGUGAAUGCCCAGUUCUUGCGGCUGGUUCGUUUGGCAAGACUUGUUCGGCUCAUCCGCCUUCUGAAAUUCAUGCGAGGGCACUUGUCGGACAGCUUGUUUGUCAUGCUGGCAGCUCUCCAAGACUGCUUUGUAGCCACACUUUGGUCAAUCGUGUUGUUCGUUGUGGUUCAUGGAAUGCUAGGUAUAUGUCUCAACGAGGUCCUCGUGGAAUAUUACUUUCGUGACGAGGCCUUUGAUCUCGCUGGUCAACAGCAGGUAUACGAGUACUUUGGAUCUUUCUCGCGCUCAUUCCUCACGAUGUUCGAGUUCACGUUCGCAAAUUGGAUAACUCCUGCCAGGGUCCUAGUGGAGAAUGUCAACGAAGUGUUUAUAGUGUACGCAGUGCUGCACAAAUGCAUGCUCGGAGUUGCCGCAGUAGGCCGAAUUGGCGCAGUCUUCAUCCAGGAGACCUUUCAGGUGGUUCAGAUGGACGACGCUAUCAUGGUGAGGCAGGCGCUGAUGCGCGAGAAAUCUCACUCGGACAAAAUGCAAGCACUCUUCAGAGAGAUCGACAAGGAGGGACAUGGCUCAGUCAAUAUGGAAGAGUGGGAUGCGAUAUGCGACAACGAGUGGGUGCAGAUCUGGCUGCGUGCUCAAGAUAUCAAGGCCCAGGACGCAACCAGCCUGUUUAGGAUGAUAGACGAUGGCAGCGGGCUGCUCACCGCCGAGAAGCUCGUCAAGGGCACGGCUACGCUGAAGGGCACAUCUUCUGUCAUGACCAUACUGCGGGAGCUCCGCGAGACCAGGGAAAGCGUGCACGGGAUCAAGAGUAAGCUGGAAGCUGGCCUGGUUUAGACGCUGGGUACGAGUCGCUAUUUGUAGGGACAUGGGAGAGGGGUGGCGACCCAGAUCUCUCACGCCAUGACAUUCUCUCACACUGUGGAGGGACAUCAUUAGUGGCUCUGGUUGCACUGCAGAAUUGAAGGAUCUGCUCUGCACAGUGUGCUCGCUGUGCUCUUCUUCUCUUCGCCGGGCACCCUAUCAUAUGCGCAAGGAAGUAGCACAGCGUACGUCGAUCACAAUGCCUGUGGAUAGCUGUGCAUUUCACGGCGUCCUCCGACAUCGCCGGGCUCGACCCACGAGGGCCCGGCAGGAUAUCUUAGCUUCCCCCGCAGUUUCCCCGCUUGGCCCUCACCCGUUGCGCCCUCGACGCGUCAAUGCAUUCAUGAACGAGGAGGGCCGUUGCUGUCUCCCGCACGCUCGCGCUGCAGUGGUGCAGCGCCUGCGGCGGCUGGGGCUAGGUCCGCGACGAUGGCGAACGAGGCGCUCGCCAGCACAUGGCUUCUUCUCGGGACCACGGCCAGAAGUACGGUGGCUGCGAUGCACGCUGCUCGAGGCGGCUCACGGGCCCAAAUGCUUACGGUUCGCGUGCGCGCUGCGUUGAUGCUUCUUCUCACCAUGCGCUGUUCUGUGUGACCUGCUGCCUGCUCUUGCCCGCGCUGCAGAUUUGGCGAGCCACCCUGAGGCGCGCCAGUGCCAGGAGACUUCGUCGUCUCUUAGAACCAAAGACGGCACGAGGCGCCUGCAGCGAGCGCUGCACAAAGUGCCGCCCAGUUCGACCUGAGGAGGCCAACAGCCGAAUAAUUCGGUAGCAGAUCAUGGGAGCCUGGUACACCCUCUUCAGUUCCGCCCUCAGCGUCGAUAGGCGUCUGGGAGUCGAUGAGAUAGCGCCGAUCUAGCGUGGGUCAGCGUCGGCUUGGCGCCGAUUGGCGAGGAUUUAGUGUUGACCAGCGUCGAUUCGCACGAGCGGACAAGCUGGUAGGGGAGGCUCCCGUGAGAUGCUAUAGCACGAGGAGCACUGGGCACGUGCUGCCGGAGCUCGCGCGGACUGCCUGGAGCGGUGCCGCCUUCCCCCGGCGGCGCCGCCCACGAGCUCCCCGUGCGGACCUCCUCGAGUGCUCGUGCCCAUACCGCUGCCUGCUCUCCCCAGCAACUUUUCACUGGCUUGCUACGCUGCGCCGUGGAAUUUUCGUUGCGUCUCUUGCGCAGGAUGUGUCUCACGCCUCCACCAUUGAUUCAAGGCUUUCGUCGGCAUGGUGGAGUGGCCCCCUCUGUUGAGCUUGACCUUCGAUUCGAUGCAGCGGGUAUGAA